AUGGAGGAAGAAGACGAUGCUGCGGCGGCGAAGAACGCCGUGUUCCCGGUUGUUUUAUUCGACGGUGAGCGCGAGACGGAUGUAGGCAACGUAAAUAUUCAUCAAGAUCUUUUGUUCAAGGAAUUUCAGAUGAAGUUGAGCCAAAUGAUCGGUAUAUCGUACAAUAAUUUAACGACUUACUUAGUCGAUAGCAGGAAAUCGAAGAUUUCGCCGGAGCGACGGAAGAUUCUGAUAACCGGUAAGGUUAACUUCUCUGUAAUCAUUAGAGAAAGAAACUGUUACUUCCUUGUGGUUUUGAAGCGGUCAAGAAGAGACCGCCGGAGGAAACCAAGUCACCAGAGCGAUUUAGAUUUCCGGUUGGCGCCUGAUGAUCUAUCACGUAUCCAUUGGAAUCAGCUUGAUAUGAACGACGCACAAAUGUCUGGUUAUAGUCCUUAUUACUACGAUGAACGGUUUCACGAUUUGUUGAUUCAGAGAGAAAACUACAUGAAUAUGAUUUUGAAUUCGAGAUACGGAUUCGAUUCUCCUUUGAACAUGAAUUUCCCGAAGAUUGAAGAGGUGUACCCAAAAGUCCAGUCGAGUCGUGCCUUGUGUGAAGAUUGCACAGCAGCGGAAAAACAGGGGAAGACAGCUGAGUUUCACUUGUGUGUUUACGAUGAGGUUAUUGUCGAUGGAUUCCGGUCACCGGCGGGACCGGUUUCUCGUCGCCGGUGA